AUGACAUUACAGAGCGAAUAUGUAAACUGCUCCUUUAAGUGCCCGGAGACUGAUCGCGCCAAACUAAUACUACACCAACGAGAGCAUCCCAAUCCACGUGCGGAACCAAGGGUGUUCCCCUACCCGAAAAGACCUAGAGGCCCUAGGGUAAACUUUCUGCGUUCUACUUCUGGUCGUUCUGGGAAACAGAAAGCGAAUGGCACAGAGGCUGGCGAACCAGCAUGCGAUGGCCAACAGGACCUCCCAGUCCCUCAACAGAAGGAAAGGAUAUCGGAGAAAGGUUCCGACACAGAAACAGCAUCCACCAUUUCGGCGGCAGACACUGAACCUUAUGGGACAGAUUCGAUAAACAUUACAGACAGUGAAGAAGCUGCAAAUGAGAAGGUGAUUAAUUUCAUGGUGGAAAGUAACACAACCGAAGAGUUGGAAAAGAGAUUGUUGGAUAUGCCAGAGAUGUUGGACAUUGAUUUCAGUCAAUUAUAGGACAGCAAAAAGGGAGUUUUAGUACUUUAUAACAUUGGCAUAUUUUCAUACUGUGUAUUAAUAUACAGAUAAGAUAAUAUACCUCGUAUAAACUACGUUUAUCAAAGUUUGUUGGUUUGUAUUUGUAUUGUAUCACUAUAUUAUGUAUUGUAUGCUAAGUAUUGUAUUGUAUUUUCUACGAUUGUAUUGUAGUACCAGAUUUUAUUGUAUUGUAUCUUUUAAAUUAGUAUUGUAUAAUGGAUGUAUUGUAUUGUAUUGUAUUCUUUAGACUAUGUAUUGUAUGGGAUUGAAUUAUUUAUAAUCUUAUUCUCAUUAUUAGUAUUUUGAGGGCAAAAUAUUUUCUUGGAGGGGGGCAGUUGUAACAUACCGUCAUCUCAGAUAACC